AUGAAGAUCUCUCAUAUUGCAUUACUUUUUGCAAUUGCAUCUGUUAGUGCCAGAUUCGAUAAAUGGAGUCUGAAUGAUAUCCAAUACUUUUUGGAAGAUAGAGGAGUUGAAUAUGGUGACAGGGAUCACAAGGCCCUUGUUGGACUUGCUGAAGAAGAAUUCUUGAGAUUGAAGGAAGAAAACAAAGAUACCAAUGAAGGAGCUGUGCAACAUAUUUUGAACUUGGUUACCGGACAUGGUUUCAAAGCUCCUCAUAAGUGGGACUAUUUGUUGGAUACCACCCCACAUGACGAUCCUACCAGAAUUGACACUGUCAAGUCCUGGAUCUUUGACUCAUGGUCCACUGCGGCUCUUAAGACCUUUUUGAAUGAAUACAAGAUUAGAUACAAGAAGGAUGCCCGUAAGACUGAACUUGUGAAGACAGCUAAGGACAAUUUUGAUACCAUUUCUAAGAAGCAUGAAUCAUCCGGUUCAUACCCUGGUUCUUGGAUCUACUCCACUUGGUCAAUUGACGAUUUGAAGAAGUGGUUGCAUGACAAUGAUUUGACUUUUGAUCCAAAGGAAUCUGCUCAAGAAUUGGCUCAAAAGGUUACCAACAACAACUACUUGGCAUCCAUUGCUCUUUCUGACUCCAAAAAGUCAUUAUUUGACUCUCUCAGUCUUGGUGAACAUUUGGAUGUUUUCGACAAAGCCGGUAAAAUCAAGCUGGCUUUUGUCGACACUUGGACGUACUCCCAACUUCGUGAAUGGUUGUACUACCAAGGUCUUAUUGACACCAAGCCAGGUGUUCAAGUUGACGACUUGGAUAAGGGGAAAUUGAAACAAAUUGUUCUUUCCAAUCAAGAUUAUUUGGUUGAUGACAUCAAGUCUUGGUCUGAGCAAGCUAGUAAGUUGGCAUCCCCAUACCUUGAAAAGGGUGCUGAAGCGGUAAAGGAUGUCUCCGAGACUGCUGAAGAGGUCAUUAACGACACAUUUUUAAUUGGAGUUGAAAAGUGGUCCAAGGAGCGCUUGAGAAGCUUUCUUGAAGCAAGAGAUGUGAAAAUCCCAGCUUUUGCAACUCAUUCCCACUUGGUCAAUCUCGUGAAGACCAAUAAGAACAUUGCACUUGGUAAUAAGACUGUUAUUAAGCCUGCCAACUGGAUUUUGGAAGACUGGUCUACUGAGGCUAUUCGCGAAUGGUUAUUGAAGAAGGGCCAAAAGGUUGAAGGUUCGAGACAAGAUUUGGUUAACAAGGUUAAUGAAUUAAUUUCUACUCAGCAACAAAACUUUGAAGAUUCUGCUGGAAAGAUUCAAUCUAGAAUUUCAGCUCACAAGCCAAACUUUGAUGAAUACAAGUCUUAUGCCACCCACUCUUACCAUGAAGCAAACAAAAAUGCCAAGGUUAACUUGAAGAAGGCUAAGAAGGCUGCUAGUGACGCUAAGGGCGAUGUUCAAGAUAAAUACGAUGAAUCUGUUUCUCUUGCUGAUGAAACAAUUUUGGAUGCCUACAAUGUUGGAAAUGAAUACUAUAACACUGCUGCUAAACUCCUUAGUGAAAAGUACGCCAGAAACCAAAAGAAAUUGGAACAAUCUUUGGCUGAAGCUAAGAAAGCUUCAUAUGAAUAUUCUUCAUCAUUUGCCCUUGGAGUUUCUGACAAGGUUGGAAGUGUUAAGCCAAAGUUUGAACAAGCAGUUGAAGCUGCUAAGGUUGAUGCUUCUGCCUAUGCCACAUAUGUCAUUGAUGCUUUCAGUGCUACUGUCGAAGAUGGUAAGGUUGCUGCACAAGAAGGAAGAGAAACCGUUUCUAGUGCUCUUUUUGACUACUUGUACUCUGCUAAGCAAUACUUCAACAAGCUUGUUAAGCCUGCAAAUGCAUAUGCUAGUUCCGCUGCCCUGGUUGCUAGUAAUUAUGGUACUGCUGCUCAAGAAUAUGCCGCCAGUGCCACUGACGUUGCUGCUGACUAUGCUUCAGAUGUAAGAGAAGUUGUACAAAAUGCUUACGGCCAAGCCUCUGGUAAUGAUUAUUCGGGAUUUGCACAAGAUGCUGUAAACUCGGUAUACUCUAGUGUAUCUGGCGGUUGGUCAUCAUUUUGGGAAUCUAUUUCUGACGCAGACUUGAAGGCUUAUUUGAGAUCAUUUGGUUACAGCUCUACAUUCUUAAACAACAUUACUCAUGACCAAUUGAACCGUUUAGCUCAACAACAAACUGACUUCUUCUUUGGAAUCUCUAACAAGUGGGAUAAGCCAAUUGCAGAAUUAUUGUCUGAAAAGCUCGGUUUUAAGAAGGAAAAGAGUACUUUGGAAAAGGUCAGAGAAGCAGUUGCAGGAAAAUAG